AUGACUCGUCUACUGCACUUGACGCUAAAUGCAAUAGUUUUGCUGUCAGUGAGCCAAGAACCUGUAGCCGAGGCACAGCAUGUGGCUGGGGCAGGUGGCAAUGCCACGAAAGCGGUGACAAAGUUACUCAGUCGGCAAAAGCGAUAUCUGGCAUUUCCGGAGGGCUCUUCGGUUUCGGCGGCCAUUUGCCUAACCAUUGGAAUGAUUGGCAAUCCCGAUGUGGACUAUUUGAGCUGGGCAGUCAACUGGGGCGUUGCUUACGAUCUUCCCAAUCAUAAUUGGGUUAUACAGCAUGCACACGGCUUUGCUAAUCUCACCAAGCCCAUGCUGCAGCGCCGCUCGAGGCGAAGUUUCUACGACGAAAUACAUUCCGCAUUUGAUCACAUGGGCUUCAACGGACGCGCUUGUGUGGCUCGAGCUCUUUGCGAGAGUGCCAAGUACCUGCAUGCCCCUGGGCAGCGGGGCAAUAUGUUGGAAGAGCUUGUUCGCGCCGUGCUUAGCAUGCCCACAUCGCCGGUCGCGGCAUAUGAGCCGCAGGCGCACCACCAUUACGACCGCAUUUACAGACGUUCCAAGCGACAUUCCCGGGACUGCAACGAGCUCUAUCCCGGCUGUCAGUUUUCUCUGCUGGCUUUGGCUCUGGGCAAAUAUGUGUCCGCUCCAGCGCAGUUUACCAAGUACAAUUUUAUGUGAACAGCAAAAAGAAACGUGAAUAAAAGCGAUUUUCAA